ACUACGCCUCGCUUCCUCUCACUUUCCCUCCAUCUUUUUUCCUGCACCGUCGGCAGUGAUCCAUAGCCGUGAGCCAUCUCUCUCAUUCAACUUCUUCUUUUUUAUCUUUAAAGAAUCAUGUCUGCCGAACCCAAUGCCGCCUGGCCCCUGGCCGAUGAGGCCCUCACCCAGCAGCUGCUGGACCUUGUGCAGCAGGCUUCGCACUACCGCCAGCUGAAGAAGGGUGCCAACGAGGCCACCAAGACCCUCAACCGCGGUACUGCCGAGCUGGUCAUCCUCGCGGCCGACACCACCCCUCUGGCCAUUCUGCUCCACAUCCCUCUCCUGUGUGAGGACAAGAACACCAGCUACAUCUUCGUCCCCAGCAAGCUCGCCCUGGGUCGCGCCACUGGUGUCUCUCGCCCUGUGAUCGCUGCUAGCAUCACCACCAACGAGGCUUCUGACCUGAUGGGACAGAUCCGUACCCUGAAGGAUAAGGUUGAGCGCAUGAUGAUCUAAGAUAUUGAGAUAUUGAUUGGGGGUGAUAUAGACGGAUAAUGAAACUUUUUUUUUUUUUUUUUAUACUUUUCUUUGAUCGGUUUUCUUCACGAUGACAGAAGUUGGAUUCCGGAAUACUUUUGGACGACGUUGGAGACUUCAAGUUCGGAGACUAUGAUGG